AUGCUUCGCGGGGCUGGUGUCGUGAGGAGUAGAUUUGUUGCAUUUACCCCCUUUUUACGAUCAUAUGGUGUCAAUUUUUUCAAAUCGGAUGGAGAAUACGCAAAGAAACUAUGGCUGAAAACCCAUAUCUUCACUUUGAGGUGCCGAAACUCGAGUAAUCGCACCAUGCACGUGAGGCAGUCGAAGUUUGUAAACGAGAAAUUUUGUGAUGAGUUGCAUUUUUUCUUUAUGUGUGGUGCGGUUCCGUGUGUGUUAGUGGCUUUUAUAGUCAACACACUUCUCGGACAAGCAGAACUUGUUGAAACUCCUGAAGAUUAUGAACCACAUUACUGGGAAUACUACAAGCAUCCUAUCACGCGAUUCAUUUCUCGACAUAUGAUGUGGAGUCCUCAACAAGUUUAUGAAAACAAUCUGGCCUACCAAAAACGUGCGAUGGAAUCCAUGGAACUUGUUGCUGAGGAGAAGUGGUUCCAAGAAUCUGAACUGGCCCACCGCGACUACCGCGGCUGGCAAUUCAUCCCGGUCAAUCCAGCUGGUGUCCUGCGUGCUCACAAGGAAGAGCUCCUGAAUGAGGAAAGGGGAGACUGGUUUUCGCGAUAG